UUCAUCCCCUCCAGCUUCCAGCACUUGGCGUUCGUCUCCCCGUCUUGUCCUCUACUCCACACACACCGAUGGGCAAGAAGUCAAAGCCACCACCUAUCAAGACCGAGCUGGUCGCGCCUGCGCCCGACAGUGGCGAGGUGCGCGAUGCUACGCGGGCGCUCCUCUGGCCCAUCUCGGCCGUCCUCCACUCCCUCCACGCCCUCCUCACCACCCUCCUCCUCUCCGUCAUCGCGCUCGGCCCGAUGCCCACCCACAUCGGGUUUGUGAUGGACGGAAAUCGGCGAUAUGCGCGGAGCCAUGGGCAGCGGAUUGCGCGUGGGCACGAGAAGGGCAGCGAGUCGCUCAAGCGGACUCUCCGAAUAUGCUUGCGGCUCCGCAUCCCCGUCGUGUCAGUGUAUGCGUUUGCUAUCGACAACUUCCGCCGCUCCCCAGAAGAAGUGGACGCGCUGAUGCGCCUGGCGACCGAGUCGCUGGCCGAGAUCUGCCGCGAGGAUGGCUUCUUGCAACAACACGGCAUCCGCCUGCGCUGCAUCGGGCGCAUGGAACUGCUCAAACCCGACAUGCAGAAGGCGCUGCAGGCAAUGGAAGCCGCGACGGCCAGCAACAGAAAUGGCGUGCUGAACGUGUGCGGUCCCUACGCUUCGCGCGACGAGAUCACGACGGCCGUGCGCGACACGCUGUCCUCUGAUAAUCCCAAAGCCGUCACGCCCGCCACCCUCUUCGCGCGUCUGCAGUCGGUCGCGGCGGCCGAGGAUAUUGCGGCGGGCGCGGGCGCGCUCGACAUCCUCGUCCGCACCAGCGACACCAAGCGCCUCUCCGACUUUAUGCUCUGGCAGGCGGACCGCGGCACGCAGGUGCACUUUGUCAAGACGUACUGGCCAGAUUUCGGGCUCACGGACCUCCUCCCCAUCCUACUAGGAUGGCAGCAGCGUGCGUGGCUGCGGGGGAUGCAAGGGGUGUAGACAUGCAUGUUGUGAGAUAUAGUGCGAUGAGGUGGCCACAAGCGAAGCGAUGAGUCCUAGUGUUCUGGCG